AUGCUGGUCGGCGCCUUCGAGAAGAUCUGGAUCAAUGAGCCGGUUCCCCUACCCAACCACACCAUCUCAUCAUGCUACCCGACGGAAUGGCUUGACGGGUACGCGUCCGUCAUAUCGAGUUCCAGCUCCGUCGCCCCCUACAUGAGCCCGUUGGUGUGCCCGGACGGUUGGAACACCGAGACCAGUACCUGGACGGACGGCUACAUUGCUUGCUGCGCAUCAGGCUUCACUUUCGCUGGGCCCUCCUCGGCUAUUGACACCGACCGCCCCGCCUAUGGCGGCACGUGUUACAGCAACUUUGAGCUCGGCAAGACGGCCACUGUCACCGUCUACAACAACCACAUGCUGUCGACGACGAUCGCGUGGGCGGCCUCGACGACACCUGCGCAGGCUUACGCGCACCCCAUCGACGGCAUUGCGGCCGACUACACGCCGACCGCGACCAGAAGCAAGACCAGCACCAAAACGGGGGCUGGUGCCGCCCAGACGGGCGUAAACGCUGCGUCGCAACGGGGAGGCAACUCGAGGGCGGCCUUCAUGGUCGGCUUUCUGCUCGCAAGUCUAGUUGCGUGGUAG